AUGACUAAAUCGGAUGAAAAUAAAGUCAAAAAGGAAUAUGGAAACGAAGUCAAAAGGGACGAAAAUAAAAGUAGGAUUUUUGAAGGAAAAGAAAUCGAAGUCAAAAAGGAUAAUGGUGAGAAAACCGAAAAAAAUGAAGUUAGAAGCAAAAAGGAGGACAAAAACGGAAUUGGAGUUAAGAAAGAUGAAAAAGAAGUUGAAUAUGAGGAACGUAAGGGAAGUGGUGUUAAACGGGACGAAAAGAAGGAAUUAAAAGUCGAAAAGGAUGAAAUGGUGAAAGUUGUAAAGGAAGACGAAAACGAAAGUGGUAUUAAGAAAGAUGAAAAGGAUAAACAUAAGGUGCUUGAAUGGUACCCGAAAACUGCUGAAGGCGGUAAUUCAGAAGAACCCGGUGAUCUCAAACGUAAUCGAAAUGAAAUCGGUGCUGAAAAUGGCCAAACGAAUGGGCAAUUUGACCCUGGUGGGUCUCGACUUCAAAGAAGAAAAAGUCUUGAAAAAGACUGUGAAGUUCAAAAGAAAAAGAACGGCAGAAGCCGAAGCAAAAUUAGAGGUAAAAUUGGUGAAAUAAAGAAGGUGGAUUUCGUACCACCACAAAGCUUGCCAUUUGACGUUGCCCCCGGGCAAGUCGUAAAAUGGGACAAGAUUCGAAUCAGACUGCCGAAUAAAGUUGAAGAGGUGCUAGAGUUGGGAAAGAGGUUGGGUAAAUCGGAUAAAAGUCAAUGCAAGACAAAGAGUCGAGCAAAAAGACUUACUCUGUACUUACUAUGGUGGGACGAAAUGAUAGUCUUCGAUCCAGGAGGAAGACACGUCAAGCUGACCCCCGGCAAUAACCCUUAA